AUGGCCGCUGCUAAUGCAAUAACAGAUCUAUCAAAAGAAAUAAUUGCAGAACACAAAAUAAGAGGGAAUCGUUCACCUACAGUUGGUGUUUCUCCACGUGUUGAAAAAGAAACAACUUCAUUGUUAUGUGACAGACAUGAAGAUAUGCUCUUGAAAAAUAUGUCCAAUGCUAGUGAAGUUUUUGGUAAAAGUUUUAGUGCAAUCCCUGCUGAAUUAAAGCAGUAUUUAGAUCAGCCAAAUAUUUUAAGGUCAUCAAAUGCACUAAAAUUUUGGAUAGAUAGUAGACAUUUUACUCCUGUAUUAUCAGAAAUAGCUGCUAAAUAUUUGAUUUCAUCUGCUACAUCUGUAGCAUCUGAAGGAAUUGCUUCUAUAAUCAAUCUUUUAGUGCCUAAUAAUUGUAGUAGCCAAAUAGCUGAACAUAAAAAACGAGUGUUUUUGAAAACUCUUACUGAGAGAUAUUGGUAUGCAUAG